CCUUUUGCAUUACAGGUGCAUUUACUUUCGUUACACUUGUCAUUGUAUGGAGCUAAUUGCUGGUUUCCUGAGAAAUGCACGUGAUUUUAAAGCGCUACAAAUCCAAUUAGUGCCACAAGAAGGCGACUGUUUAAACCCCAGCAGGAAGCACUUGGACUGGUUUCAUGGCUCCAGGAUGGAGGGGUUCCUGUCCACGGUUCCACCGUACAAUGCCUGCGCUCCCCCGGCUCAGGACAGCGGCUGGGUAAAGAGAGAGGGCCGCUUCAUCACCCCUCAGGGCCUCAACUACCUGGAGCUCUGCAAGGCCAUCAUAUCCCAGGUCAACCCCGGUUUACCCCCUCCGCUAAAGAAGGCAAACACCAAAGAGUGCGGCGUGCAAGUAAACGCCAAAGUGAAUAAAACCGUCCAGUGCUCGCUGGGUCCAAAAACGUUGUCCUGCUUGGAGGGCGACCAUCACGUGUGCCCAACAUCUCCGAAGAGCCCGGAUCUGCUGAAACCGGCGCUGUGCAACACGCCGCCAGUGAGCAACCUGCGCUUCCUGAGGCCCGUUUCCAUCUACUCGCCGGUGUUUGACCGCAGGAUCCACCUGAAGAAAUUCGACGACGAUGAAGACAAAGGUGCUGAUGAGGGAGAGGACGAAGCCGACGAACAAGCCGACUCUGACGUGGAUGCUGAGGCUCAUCCACGUCAGCGCAUAGCGAAGGACUUGAAGACAACCUUCCACCGGUCGUCAAAGGGGUCCAACUUUCAGUUCUUGGAGCAGAGGUAUGGCUUUUUCCACUGCAAAAAGUGCAACGUCCGGUGGGAGAGUGCUUAUGUGUGGUGCAUCUCUGGAACCAGUAAGGUGUACUACAAGCAGCUCUGCCGGAAGUGUCAGGUGGGGUUCAACCCCUACAGAGUGGAGUCCAUCCUCUGCAAGGGCUGCUCUCAGACUUGCUGCAGCUGUGAGAAGAAGCAGAGGCACAUUAACAUGAAGAGGCCCCACCGCCAGGACCUGUGUUGUCGCUGCAAGGGCAUGAGGCUGUCCUGCGACGCCACCUACAGCUUUAAAUACAUCAUGUGAGCUCGGCCCCUCAUGUUCGCUCUGGUCCCGCCCAUUCCUCAUGUAGGUGUGAUGGCACUUGGUCAGCAGACGUAGUAGUACCUGCACAUGUCACAGAUGGCCUCCGGUAACAGACUCGAAGAGAUGGAUUUUUUCUUCUGCUGGCGAGUAGAUGAAUCUCUGUCUUUAUUUGAAGUGUCUUCUCCAAAAAAAAAAAAAAAGGUUGUCUUGUUGCCCCUUUGUUUGUCCUGGUGCUAAACACGAAAAAAAAAAACAUUUUGUAAGAAGAAAUAAAGGUUCUGAAAUAAA